GUAAAAAAAUUCACGUGAUCGAAUAUGCAAAUAACGUGUUUGACGAAUUGUCGUAUGUGAGAGCUGAGAAGUCUAGUCUCUAGAUAAGCCAAUUUUACUGUAUUGUUGUUGACUUUCUAUGAUCUAUGUUAUCUUUUAACUAGAAAGAUGUCAAAAAUAUCUAAGAUAAUACCAAUAUUUGUCAAAAGACAGACUUUUCUUUCUUCACUCUAAUCUAAUUAGCCUUUUGUGCAAGCCAAAGUUGACUCAAUGUAAUCCUUUAUUACUUACCAUCAAAGAAAACAGUUGAAGACUCGCUACAUCACUGGUCAAUUUUCUUACAUUCAUUAUUAUAUUCACCCUUUAUAUCAUUUAUUUACUCAUUUCUUGAUCAAUUUCUCACUUAAUUUUGGUUUGUCGAAUAAGUAUCACAGAUUGAACAUCAGCAAUGGCUGCAUCAUCAGCUAACGAGAAUUCGGAUAAACCUAGAAGAACCGUAACAUCAUUCCGCAACUUUGUUUCACAGAAUCAUGAUUCUCAGUUUCCAGCAGAAUCAGGAAGAUACCAUUUGUACAUCUCUUACGCUUGUCCAUGGGCUUCUAGAUGCCUCGCAGUAUUAAAACUCAAAGGACUUGAUAAAGCAAUAACCUUCACGUCUGUUCAACCUCUUUGGAGAAAAACGAAAGAAAACGAUGAGCAUAUGGGAUGGGUUUUUCCCGACUCAGAUACAGAGGUUCCUGGAGCUGAGCGAGACCACAUCAAUGGUGCGAAAAGCGUUAGAGAACUUUAUGACAUUGCUAGCUUGAACUACACAGGCAAAUACACUGUUCCUGUUCUUUGGGAUAAGAAACUUAAGACAAUAGUUAACAAUGAGAGCUCUGAGAUACUCCGAAUGUUCAGCACCGAGUUCAAUCAUUUUGCGGAAAACCCUUGUCUUGAUCUUUAUCCUCCCAACCUCCGAUCAUUAAUCAAUGAGACAAACGAAUGGGUACACCAUGGGAUAAAUAACGGUGUUUACAAAUGUGGUUCUGCUACAACUCAAACAGCAUAUGAUGAGGCAGUGAAGCAAUUGUUCGAUGCAUUGGACAAAUGCGAAGAGAUACUCCAAAAACAGCGGUUUCUUUGUGGAAACACUUUGACUGAACCAGAUAUUCGGUUAUUCGUCACUCUCAUAAGAUUUGACGAGGCUUACACGGUGAUCUUCAAAUGCAAUAAAAGACUCAUAAGGGAGUAUUCAAAUCUCUUUGACUACACGAAAGAUAUCUACCAAAUCCCCGGGUUGAGCAGUACAGUGAAGAUGGACCAUGUCAAGCAAAAUUACUAUGGAAGCUUUCCUUCUAUAAACCCUCUUGGGAUUGUAGCUCAUGGACCAAACAUUGAUUACUCUUUGUCUCAUGACCGACAUAGAUUCUCCUAAUAAACAGCAUCGACUACCUCAAGAAUGUGCGUCUCUUUCUCUUCAGAAACCUUUUUUUCUUACAUUUGACCUAUUGGUUUAUGUUUUGCAUUGUGAACAACAAUUAUGUUUUUUUAGUCUUAAUAUGUUUCCGCAUAUGGAACUG